UCCCGCCCGCCCUCCGGCCGCCUCUGCCGCCGCGCGCCGCAGCAGCGCCGCCUUCCCUGCGCAGUCGGUGUCUCGGCUUCGCUGGGUGGGACUUGGCUUUGUGGUCAUGGGCAAGCAGAACAGCAAACUUCGGCCAGAGAUGCUGCAGGACCUGCGGGAGAACACAGAGUUCUCGGAGCUGGAGCUGCAGGAGUGGUACAAGGGCUUCCUCAAGGACUGCCCCACGGGCAUCCUCAACGUGGACGAGUUCAAGAAAAUCUAUGCCAACUUCUUCCCCUACGGUGAUGCCUCCAAGUUCGCCGAGCACGUCUUCCGCACUUUUGACACCAACAGUGAUGGGACCAUCGACUUUCGGGAGUUCAUCAUUGCGCUGAGUGUGACCUCCCGUGGCCGCCUGGAGCAGAAGCUCAUGUGGGCCUUCAGCAUGUACGACCUGGAUGGCAAUGGCUACAUCAGCCGAGAGGAGAUGCUGGAGAUUGUGCAGGCCAUUUACAAGAUGGUUUCGUCCGUGAUGAAGAUGCCGGAGGACGAGUCGACCCCGGAAAAGAGGACUGAGAAGAUCUUCCGCCAGAUGGACACCAACAACGACGGCAAGUUGUCCCUGGAGGAGUUCAUCCGUGGGGCAAAGAGCGACCCGUCCAUCGUGCGCCUGCUGCAGUGCGAUCCCAGCAGCGCCUCCCAGUUCUGAGGAGAGGAGCCAGACUCCCUCAUCCCUGCCUUCACCGGUCCCACCUGGCUCUCAGCUUCCUCUCCCUUGUGUCUAUCCAGGCUGGGGGCCAGACUGGGGGCCCGCCCCCGCGGGUCUGCACUGUGGGGGCCUCUGGAGCAGGGACCCUGUAAGGAAGGCACCCGAAAGCAAGCUGGUAGCAUUCCCCUUCGGCAGUGGCAGAGACAGGCUCCGGCCUGUCUGCCCCUCAGAGUCACGCAGCCAUCUCCCACCCACCCACAGCCCUGAGGCCAGACCCCUCCCCAGCUGCCGCAGAAGGCUCGCCUCUUGUCCGGCUCAGCCUGGGGGGCAGUGGAGAGUCACGCUCAGGUGACUUGAGCCAGUCUUUUCACUUGGAGGGGAGAGGACGAUUCCAGGGCUGUGGGGGUUUGAGAAAGGAGCUUCCUUGAGCCCCCCUUCCCUGCAGAAGGCCCCCACCCUGCCUGCCCCAGCUCUGGCUGGCCUGGAGGCCGUGACACAAAUGGAAACUGCCCGGGAUCCCAGCUGCCGGCCAUGGGUCCUGUGAACCUGCCUGCCUUUUGCACUCAGAUGGACACAGCCAGCUGCACAGACCACGGAUUUACUCCUCUGUAUUGGCCUCUCUCUCUCUCUCUCUCACACACACACACACACACACACACACACACAAACAUGCAGAGCCUCUCUACAGCGUCCUGUGUGGGAAAGAAGUGCAGGCCCCUGGCCGAGCCCCAUCCCCACCCUGCAUGCAGCCACAUGGAGCAUCUUUGUUCUUUUUAAUAACUUCUGAAUAAAGUUUCGUUUCAGUGCA